AUGUCACACAUGCCGGGGAAUACCGACCCGCCCAAGCAGAAGCACCAAGGGAUGUCCCGAUGGUGGCCUCUAGGCUUCUUCCUAGCCGCUAUUGUCUCGUUCAUCGUUGGCGGCGCGUUGGUUGGCGUCUGGGUUUCAAACGCGUCAGACUGCUUCGGCGACUCCAACUCUUACUAUUACAGUGAGGACGACGUGAAUUGUACCUCCAAACAGAACGGCGAGUUUUACGCUGCCGUCGCCUUUAUUGUUAUUGGCGCCGCCUGCAAAUUCAUCGGCUGGAUACUUCUCAUUAUGUACUGCGUGAAACGCCGCCGUUCUCUUCAGGAAGCUGCUGCCUCGACGUACUACACUAUUCCCAUGGACGCGCAGCACCAGUCUUAUGGCCCGUAUGGAGGCCAGACUCCUUACCCAUCUGCUCAGUACCCGCCUGCGUACCCUGCGCAGGAGUCUUAUCCCAUGCGGCCCGACGGCGCGUACCAGAGUCCGGCUUAUCAUGGCAAGGAGCUGCCUGCUCAGUAUGCUUAG